GCUUCAUCUCUUCAUUUGGUGCAGUGGGUUUGGUAUUGGAAAGCCAACCGUUAUUUUGGUUCCUAUGGCAAAGAAGCGGCCAGCAGCCACGCCAGCAAAAGCUGCAGGCCGAAGAAAGAAGACCCUGGCCAAGCCGGCAAUCAAAGGCGCGAAGAAACCAGCUGCUUCGGCCAAAGCCAAGCAGCUAGGCGCUAGAGGGCCGGCCAAAGUCGCCAAAGCUGCCAAAGCGGACAAAGUUGCCAAAACCAAGCAAAAGACUCCAAGAGGUGUGGUUUUGGCCUUGUCGAAGGAGAUUGACUUCUCCAAACCGUUUAAGAAGGUGCUGUAUGUGCUGAGGGGCCCUCCGGGCUGUGGGAAGAGCACCGUGGCGCGACUACUUCUUCAAAGACAUCUCCAGGUGCAAGGGGUACGCUGGAACGGGUCUUCUGCAGGUGCCGCCAUCUCUACAGUCUGUCGAGCCUUCAUUUGUUCCACGGACGACUACUUUACGGAGCUGGAUGAGGAAGGAGGUGCCAGCUAUGACUUCGACCCCUCAUGCCUGCGAGAGUUCCACGAGAAGAACCGAAAGCGUUGCCUGGACGCCAUGGAGCUCAGCAGAAGCCCUUUGUUCGUGGACAACACCAACAUGGCCCUUUGGGAGAUGUCGGGGUAUGUGGCGCUGGCGGAGGAGCAUGCGUAUGCUGUGAUGAUCAUCGGCCCGGAGCAGCUGGGCCCUGGUGCGCUGGACUUACAAACGCUACAACUGCGUUGUGCCCAGGACGACCGAGCUGCGGGGAAGGAGAUCCCCGUCACAACGCUGGAACGGAUGAUCCAUCGAUAUGAGAAGUUGCCAGAUGAUUUACAAGGUCGCCUUUGCUGCGCUACGGAGCUGUCAAUAGUAAGGGACGCUCGGGCCGUACCAAGGUAUCGCUAUGCGGGCCUCGAUGUGGAAACUUCAGCCCUGGAGGCACUUUCAGACCUAGAUCUGGGACCAUUCUUUUGGGAGGGCACGGAUUUGUCGUCUUCUUCAGCAAGGCACUUGGCUGCCGCCCGAGCCAGCGGCCUGUGGCGCUUGCCAGAGCGCUUGCAUGUGACUGUGCUGUACUUUGGAAAGGAAUCUAAGAGGCCAGAGGCAGAGAAGCUUGUGGGGAUGACUUUCCCGGUCAAGGUCACUGGCUUGGUCUUCGUGCGGGGAGGAGGUCUUCUUUGUGCCACUUGUGCCUUUGAGGCGGAGGAUCACAGCUCAUUAGCAGCUGUUGCCGGGGAAGACUGGUGCCCACAUAUCACGAUGCGAGCUUACCUGGGCCGAGAAUUGCUUGGGAGACAAGGCGCUGGCUAUAUUGCCAUCGAGUAGCCCCAAGAUCGCGAGCGAGGUGGAAGAGACCCAGUUGGAUCCGGCGAGUCCAGAGGGUCCAGACGACGAGGCUCGCGCUGACGUUCCGCCGAACACCAUCUUGCCACACUCCAAUGGAAGCAUGCAGGUCUUCAGCAACACGCGCCUUUUGGAUGAAACGAUCGACCUCUGUGCCCUUCAGUUGAGCGAACCGCUGGAGCUGGGCCCCUGUGAGUUCAAGCUCUUU